AUGAAGCUCGCACUUCACCUUUCAGCUCUAGCUGCGGUGAACGCUGUCCUCGGAGCUACCCUCCCAGGCGGCAAGGGCGGUCCUCAGUUUGAGAAGGGGCAACCCAUCGCCGGCAAUGGAAAGGGGGCUCCUCUUCUAGGGGGAACGAACCGGCAGGUCGACAUUUCCAAUCCCGACAACCUUGGACGGCAGUCCACGGAUAAUGGGAUCGUGCCGAACCUCAAGUGGCGCUUCUCUGACUCGAAGACGAGGCUCUUCAAAGGCGGGUGGCUGCGUGAGCAAGUCAUUCAAGACCUUCCCCAGAGCCACGACAUCUCGGCGGCGCAGCAGCAUCUCUCCAAGGGCGCCAUCCGCGAACUGCACUGGCAUCGUGUAGCCGAAUGGGGAUUUGUGUAUGCGGGCUCCGUUCUAAUCUCGGCUGUCGACGAGUUUGGCAAAUACCAGGUUGAAACCCUCAACUUUGGUGACAUUUGGUACUUCCCCAAGGGCGUCGCACAUACCGUUCAGGGGUUGGGCGAGGAGAACGAAUUCCUGCUGGUCUUUGACGAUGCCGACUUUGACAAAGUCGGUACUACCUUCAACAUUGAUGACUGGGUGGCACACACGCCUCGUGAUAUCGUCGCCAAAAACUUCGGCCUUGACCCUUCCAUCUUCGACCACGUCCCCACCCCCAACCCCAACAUUUUCAACGGUACCGUCAGCACUAAAAACGUGACCGGUGAUCCAGGUGACGUGCUCACCGGAGAUGCGUCGUUCGUGUACCGGACCCUGCAGCAUGAACCCGAGCCCGUCCCCGGCAAGGGAGGUCAAUUCUACAAGAUCGACUCGACCAACUUCCCCGCCAGCAAGACGCUAGCGGCCACCUUUGUAACACUCAAGCCGGGCGGUCUCCGGGAGUUGCACUGGCACCCCAACGCCGAGGAAUGGCUGUACUUCCACAAGGGAACGGCCCGUGCCACUGUCUUCAUCGGCAAUGCUGCAUCGCGCACCUUUGACUUCAGUGCAGGUGACACUGCAGCCUUCCCUGAUAACUCCGGGUGA